AUGUCUUAUUUUGUAAAGAGAACCGAUAAAAUUAUGGGUCUUCUUCAUGAAGUAAAUAAGGGUUCAACAGCAAAAAGUAUUAUUGAUUAUACAAGUGUUGACCAAAACGUAAUUAUAAUCAAAAAUAAUAAUAAUCUUAUUGAUGAACAAAACACUAGCAAUACAACCAGUGAAGGUAACAGGGACAAUGGAAUUAUUCAUUUAGAAGGCACCGAUGAUGGAGGUUUUGACCUAACAUUACCGAACGUUGAUGAAGAAUUGGUAUUAACACCUCAUCAAGAAAAAAGCCAACCCGAAUUAGCGUUAAAUGGUGAUCAUGUAGUUCAACAUGAUGCAAGUUUUACACUACAAAAUACAGACUCGCAAAAUUUGAUGGAUGAUGAAGUGAAUCACUCAGGCUGGUUCAAUAACAUGCAAAGUUCAUCGAGUUCAAGGAUAAGCAGAAUUAUGGCUCUUGCUAAGAAAAUAAACUCAGAGCGUUAUGCACCAGAUCAAGUGCGAAACUCAGAAAUCUCAGAAAGACAUCUUUUAGAAGAGGAAAAUGCUGCACUUGUUUCUUAUGAUAAUGCAAACUGUGUUAUAGUUACGGAUAACGAUAAUAAUAAACCUGGUGCAUCAUUAUUACGGGUUGAUCUUCCACCAAAACGGAAAGACGACCUUAAAAUCUCGGACUUUGUAAGCGAUAAUGAUGAUGAUUCCAUUAAAGAUCCGAACUAUGAAUCAGAUUCUAGUAGCUCUAGUUCGUCCUCCUCUUCUACAUCAAGUAAUAGUUCUAGCUCAAGCAGUAGUGAUAGUCCAGGCGGCAAUUGUUUCUUGUCGAAUUCAAACAAUGUAAGCCAGGUAGCAGACAUUCCACUUGCAGACUCUCAAGCAGUAAAUACUCCAACAGAAAGCAUUCAGGUACCAGACGUUGAAGUUGCAGACACUCUAGCAGUAAACUUACAAUCAUCAGGACCUGAAACAUAGAAGAUAAUUUCAAAUAACUUUAAUAAGGAAAACAUAGCUAAAGAAACAGAAAAAGUGG